UCUAGACCACCCGGCAAUGCACCCUGGGGCCCCCACAGGCCCUGGGGUCUCCGAGCCUGGCCCCCAGGAGCUGUGUGCCUUCGUGAGCGGGGCAGCCGCCCACCUGCUGCGGGCCCUGCAGCCCCGGCGCACGCGGUCCCCCAAGAGGAGGCCCAACCACAGGAGGUUUCUGCACAACCAGAUCUGCAGGCAGUUCACCAAGAUCGAGGCCGCCACCCAGCGCCUGGCCCUGUCCAUCCUGUCCCAGGAGGCACCUCCCCAGAGACCACCACUGCAGAAGCCGCCCCUGCCACCACCAUCCCCCUUCCUGGGGGUGGCCUGCGCUGUGGCCCCCAUCGAGGCACCCCAUGCCAGUGCCAGCCUGAGCCUUGCUGCCCUGGAUGCCUCCACCCUCAACCUCUUUGAUGACAUUGCGCUUACCCCAGAGUGUUCCCCAAUGCCAUCUUACCCCUCCUCGUGUCCUCUGACCACUGGUGCACCCCUGCUGACAUCAGAUCUGUCCUAUCUCUCUCCGGACCAGCCGGACCUGAGGCAGGCCCCACAUUUCUGCCAUCCCCUGCCCCCUCCCCAGCCUGCCCUGGGGGGAGGGGCAGGGCUCCUGGCUCAGGACUGGGGCUGGGGGGACAGGCAGGAUGUGCCCUGUGCCUGGGAUUCUCAGGGGAUCCUUGAGGGCUGGGGGCCCUACUCCCUGUGA